AUUUAUACCACAAACGGAUUACGCGCCACUUAUAAAUUAAAAUGGCCCCUAUCAUCGAUACAUCAAAGAAACCAAUCAUCUGGGUGCUGGGAGGUCCAGGGUCCGGCAAGGGCACACAGUGUGAGAAGAUUAUAGCCAAAUAUGGUUUCACACAUCUUUCCACUGGAGAUCUGCUGAGGGCUGAGGUCAAGAGUGGAUCUGAAAGGGCAAAGACACUCACUGCUAUUAUGGAACAAGGUGGUCUGGUCCCCAACGACGUAGUGUUGGAGCUGCUGAAGGAGGCUAUUGUCUCCCGUGCUGCUGACUCCAAGGGUUUCCUAGUCGACGGCUACCCUCGGGAGAAAUCACAGGGUAUCGCCUUCGAACAAGCCAUUGCUCCUGUAUCUGCGAUUAUCUACUUCGAAGCGUCGUCUGAGACACUGACUAAAAGGCUGCUUGGCCGUGCCGCCAGUUCAGGAAGAGCUGAUGACAACGAGGAGACCAUUAAACUGCGCCUGAAAACCUUCCUCGACAACAACCAGCAAGUCCUAGACCAGUACCCCGACAAGAUCAGCAGGAUAAACGCCGAAGCCUCAGUGGACGCCAUCUUUGAUGAAGUCCAGAAGAUCUUGGACCCUCUUGUAGCUGCUUGAGCGCACAACUCAAUAUUUUAUACACUCUUGUAAAUACACCUCUACUUUAUAUUAAUUUUAAAUAUUUAAAUGAUCGUUAAUUAAAUCAUGUUUUUAUUUUAA